AUGGCGGCGAAUACAAUUCGUUUUGUUGGAAACCAUGACAUUGCGUCAGAAGGAAAGUUUCUCUGGGAAAUUCUCGCUCAACUUCGAUCGGUAGGUUCUGAUUUUAAAAGCUUCAAUUUAUUCCGAAAUGUACAACAAUAUUUUUAGUUUGGUGUUGGUCGAUUGGUGACCAAAAAUGAAUGGACAAGAAAAUGGCCAGAACAACCAUCAUAUAUGAAAAUUGUGAGAGCUGAACCAGGAAUGGAUCGAUGGCUUUUUGAAGGAAAAUUAUAUGCCGAAUGGGUUUUUCGCGGACAAAAUUUGGGAGUUUAUGAAUUUUCAAAAGAUUUGAAUCGAAGUGAUUGGCAACUCAUUCACAAGUAAGAACUUUUUCAUCAUUACCACUAAUUUUGUAUAAUAAUUCUAGACAUCAAGAGCAAUCCUUCACAAAAUGCACAAAAUCAAUGGAACCAAUAAAUCUCCCAGAUUCAUUUCCACUUCCACCACUUCAAGUUCAUUUCCAACAAAAGUAUGCGUUGAAAAACGGAAUCGAUGAAAAACUUGUGCAAAAACGAGCACCUCUUAAUUUAUGCAUUGAUUCGGAAUUCAGUCACAUGAAACCAUUCAUCAAACAAUCCACUCCAGAAAAUAAGGGAACAUCGAUUUAUGAAGAAGUUGACAAAAAUAUAUUAUUAGAUUUAUAUGGCAAUGAAUUACCAAUUAAGGUAAGCGGUUUUUGAAAUAUGAACAGUUUUGCCUUAUCUGUCUGAUGGGACAAAACUAAAACAUAAAACCAUACAAUAAUGAAACUUUGUGAGAGGGAAAGCUUUACGAGCUCAAUUUUAUCAUUUUUGCUGAGAUGUGAUUUCAAAAAAAUACGAGAGUUGCAAUUAUUACUCUAAUGAAUACCCUCCUUUUAGUCGACUUACAUUUUUCGCUACACUCCGAAAAAUAGUUGCAAAAAUGAACGCGUCAAUUCGAUCUGUUUUUGAAAUUGAGAAAUGAGAAAAAAUAAUGGGGUGAUUCAGGUCGAAAAAAAACUAAAAAAAAAACGUUUUUUUACAAAAAAAUUCGAUUCAGCAAAUGUCAAAAAACCCUAAUUUUUUCCACACAAAAAUGAGAGAUAUCUCGCAGCGAAAACGUUUCAAUGAAAAAAAAUGUCAAACAAUGUCGAAAAAUAGGAAAAAAUAUAGUUUUUUGACAUUUGCUGAAUCGAAUUUUUUUUUAAAAAAACGUUUUUUUUUUUUGGUUUUUUUUCGACCUGAAUCACCCCAUAAUAAAAAUUCUCAAAAUUUGAUAUUUUUACAAGUUCACGUUCCAAAAUAAAAUUAAUAAAACAAAAGCUUUUCAUUUCAUUUUUUUUAAACUGCCACGUCAUAGUUCACGUUAUUACUAAUGGUUUUUUCUAGGUUGAAGCCUGGAAUCUUGGACCAGCCGCUUUCAAACCACGUUUCAGUGCAACAACAAUGCGAGUCGAAGAACAAUCUUCCAAAUAA